UGUUGCCACAUAUAGGGCACCGCCAGGACUUGCCAACAAUUCCUCAGUGAUCCUACAGGCCUCUUCAGAGCCUCCCUGACCUGUUUUUGUCUCAUCUUUUCAUCCAUUUUGGAAGGCCGUGCAAUCCUCAGUAGUACUGUGAUUGCAUUUUUUUUUCUUCCUGUUCCGCUGUGUACUUUAUGUAACGCUGUGGGACUUUUUUGUGUCCUCUUCUUCUUUUGGACAAUAGUAGACAGUAAACGAUCCACUUCUCAAUAAGAAUGCGUCCACGUCCACUUUUGGUGACAUCGUGCUGUUCCACAUUAUCCACCCACUCGAUUGCCUGUCAUUGUGCCACCGCCAGAAGCCAGUGAACGCAUCACUGGCAGCGUGUGCAAGUGCGCAGGAGCAGCUCGCCGAGAAGUCAGAUGGAAAGAAGCAGCAGAGGAAGAGGACGUCAUCAUGAGAGUCCAUUCGACGUUAAUCUGAAAGACAAGAGAAGGAGAAAGUGGACUAACGAGACUAUUCGGAUGCAUGUUUCCACCAGCCCACUGCAGAAAGCGAGCCAGGGAGAAGCCUGCGGCAGCGAGUGCGCACCGAGCCUUUCCCCAAUCCUGGAAAUCAAGCUCAUUACGCGGUGUUUUUAGGACUGCGCGAAAGCGCGUGGAUUUGGAUUUUGAGCCAUUUGCCUUUGAGCAAGUUCUUUCUUGUGAUGAGGAAGCCACAAGAAGUGGACACCUUAGCUUGUUGUGCGUAAUUUGUUGUUUUUCCUGCUUCGCCCUCCCGUGUGUCUUAUGGCUCCCCUCGACUGGCUUGUGAAAGUACACGCGCCCUGGUGAUUAUUUCAUGGCUGUGGGGCGCAGCGGGAGUCGUGCGUGGAGAAAGAGGACGGUGUGAGCAGAAGUAUGUCUGCACUCCGAAAGAAAUUCGGGGACGAUUACCAGGUAGUGACCACCUCAUCCAGCGGCUCUGGCUUCAGCAACCAGGCGCCGGCGGAGAAGAAGCGCAAGCGGCAGCGCUUCGUGGACAAGAACGGCCGCUGCAACGUCCAGCAUGGCAACUUGGGGGGCGAGACGAGUAGAUACCUCUCGGACCUGUUCACCACCCUGGUGGAUCUGAAAUGGCGCUGGAACCUCUUCAUCUUCAUCCUCACCUACACGGUGGCCUGGCUCUUCAUGGCGUCCAUGUGGUGGUUCAUCGCCUACAUACGCGGGGACCUGAACAAGGCGCACAAUGACAAGUACACGCCGUGCGUGGCCAACGUGUACAACUUUCCCUCGGCCUUCCUCUUCUUCAUCGAGACCGAGGCCACCAUCGGCUACGGCUACCGCUACAUCACGGACAAGUGCCCCGAGGGCAUCAUCCUCUUCCUCUUCCAGUCCAUCCUGGGCUCCAUCGUGGACGCCUUCCUCAUCGGCUGCAUGUUCAUCAAGAUGUCCCAGCCCAAGAAGCGGGCCGAGACGCUCAUGUUCAGCGAGCACGCCGCCAUCUCCAUGCGCGACGGCAAACUCACGCUCAUGUUCCGGGUGGGAAACCUGCGCAACAGCCAUAUGGUCUCAGCGCAGAUCCGCUGCAAACUGCUCAAAUCUCGGCAGACCCCCGAAGGCGAGUUCCUUCCCCUGGACCAGUUGGAGUUGGACGUAGGCUUCAGCACGGGGGCGGACCAACUCUUUCUGGUCUCGCCGCUCACCAUCUGCCACGUGAUCGACACCAAAAGCCCCUUCUACGACCUCUCGCUGAGGUCCAUGCAAACGGAGCAGUUUGAAAUCGUGGUGAUUCUGGAGGGCAUCGUGGAGACCACGGGGAUGACGUGCCAAGCGAGGACGUCCUACACCGAGGACGAAGUGCUGUGGGGACACCGCUUCUUUCCGGUCAUCUCCUUGGAGGAAGGAUUCUUCAAGGUGGACUACUCCCAGUUCCACGCCACUUUCGAGGUGCCCACCCCGCCAUACAGCGUGAAGGAGCAAGAGGAGGCCCUGCUCCUGUCGUCGCCCCUCAUGGCGCCGUCUCUGUGCAACAGCGGGGAGAAGAACAGCUCCCUGGACUGCCUGGAGACCCUGGAGGACAACGACAGCACCACCAAGCUGCCCACCAAGCUCCAGAAGAUCACGGGGCGGGAAGGCCUCCCCAAAAAGCUGCUGAGGAUGAGCUCCACCACCUCGGAGAUGACUUACAGUUUCGGAGACCUGCCUAUGAAGCUGCAGCGAAUUAGCUCGGUGCCUGGCGUCUCCGACGACAAGCUGGGCGGGAAGGCCUCCAAAAUGAGCACGGAGCCCAUCAGCAAGUCGGUGGCGGACUUACCCCCCAAACUGCAGCGGCUGGCCGGGGGAGGCAGGAUAGACGGACACCUGCCGCCCAAACUCAGAAAGAUGAACUCGGAUCGUUUUACAUAAAGAAGCCUUCCGCCCGUCUUUUGACUUCCACUAUUCCUGAUUUAUCAAUUGACAACAUGUGCACAAAUACAACUGGUGUAUCAUUCCUUCUUUAUAUUUCCAAUCUAAAAAGUGACUUAUUAUUGUGUCAUAUAAUUUUUCUUUUUUAAAUCAAACUGUGCCUCCAAGUGAAAAUUUCCGCAAGUUUCAAUUUUAAGGUCAGAUAUUCUCAUUUUUGGUUAAAAAUCAAAUACAGUAACAUAAUAAUGAGUCCUUUUUUAUUUUAUUUUUCUUCAAUUUUCAUUUUGAAUUGAAAAUGAAAAGAGUGAAUGAUACAUACAUUCGAUGGAAUCAAGGACAUCUGUCCCGGUUGUAUGUCCAUGAGAGAUCUCUGACUCUUUUUCGGACGGUGUACAAUUAGCACAAUCAGGCAUGUAAGAAAACAGCGCAUGUAGAACCGAAUCACAAUAAUUCCUGGCAUGAUAUUUAUUUAAAAAAAAAAAAAAAGAGGAAAAAAAGUUCAUUAGUGACGCUACAGAGAGUGGAAAAUUGCACAAAGCCAUAUGAUUUCAAACUGACAUAAAAAUGAUGACAGUUUGUGGCAGCAGGCGGCGCAUAACAUUUUGUUCCUUGAGUUUCUUGCUUUUGUUGUUUAAUGUAAAGUUGUGGCGAUGUUUUGUUCUUGCAUGCUACUCGACCUUAUUGACUAUACAAAAGGUAAUAGACAAAGAUGUUUUAGCCUUAACUAUAUUACCUUGUUUCCAUCGCCAUCUUCAUUUCUUUGCUCUUUCAUAGGUGUGCUAAUUAACCACCCGCCAUUUUUAAUGACUCUGUUCGCUGCGCCAACACUGGACAUUUUGUUCAACAAUGCCUUUUACACCGCAUCUCGUGUCCCCCGGCCGAAACGGGCACUAACAGCUACGCAAUUUCCACAUGCUUAUUAAAAGUCCCAUUUCGGUUCAAAGGGUCAGUCCCCGUAGGCUACUUGAGAAGCACAAUGCAGUCACGCUAGCAUGCUAGCUAAUAGCAGUUAGCAUUUACAUACCAAGAGACGUUUGAGCGUUUAUGUUUUCUCCCUUUUUGGCGAUAUGCACCUUAAGGUUCAUGUUCACCCAAUUUGGGUUACUUUGUAACCCAGAGUGUAUGAAAAAGAAAUUGAAACGGCUUUUCAUCUUCAUGUGCAUUUUGUCAUUGAAGACAGUCCUGUGCAGUUCCAUCCAAAUGAACAGCAGUUGAUCUUCAGGGGUCACACACGAGUUCAAGCGAGACGCCGGGGCUAGCGGCGUUCUCCUUGAUGAAAGCAAUAAUGCAAAAGCCUUUCAUGUUUAUCGCGCCACAGCGCCAUUUUCAUUGUUGACUGAAUCUCUCUCUCGCCACUUUUUUUUGGUUCUCUCUCAAUGCAUUGGAAACAUUGUAUGAUAGUGAGUCUCUUCAGGAAUAAAGCUCCAACAGCAA